AUGAGAUUCCGGACAUUAGAAAUGAUGGAUGGAGUAAAAACCACUACAAAAUCUGCUCAAAAUAGUACAACUAAACAAGUAUCUAAACAAAAGUCAUUUCAUUCAAGCGUUUUAGAGGAGAAAAAGGAAAAUAAUAAAUUAGUAUGCGCGUACUGUUCGAGUCAACAUCUUUUGUACCAAUGCAAACAGUUUGGUAGCAAGUCCCCCGAAGAGAGAAGUGAGUUUGUGCAAUCCAAGGGACAUUGCUUUAAUUGUUUGUCUCCCAACCACAAUGUAAGAGGCUACCACCAGGCUACGUGUUGUCGCCGUUGUGGCAGAAGACACCACACAUUACUCCACUUUGAGAGAGGUCUACGUCCAGAAGCAACCGCUUCGUCUAAGGGUCCUGAGAAAUUGCUGAGUCAAGAGUCGAGUAAGGAGAAAAACAUAAUAGCUCAUUUUGCCCAAGAGGAGAAUCAAUCAGAGGUGUUACUGGCUACUGCGUUGGUCAGAGCCAAAUCAGCAAAUGGCUAUUCUCAAAUCGUGCGUGUAUUAAUAGAUCAGGGCUCUGAAGCGUCAUUUAUUAGUGAGAGUACUGUACAAUCUUUAGGUCUUAAGAAAAUACCUGUUAAUGGAUUAGUUUCUGGAGUAGGUGACGCUAGGACCCGGGAACAGUUCGGAGAAAUAGCUCGGAGGACA